AUGUGUACAAAAGUGGAAAAUAUUAAAUUCCUCAUAUUUAUUAAAAUAUUUAUAUCUUCUUUUUUAAUUUGGAUAUGCCAAUAUUACAAUGGUGUGUCUAUCUGUAGUAGUUCAAUAGAAAAAAAGUAUUCAAUAGAUGGAAAUUCAUGUUUAACAGUUAAUAGACUGUUAUCAGGGAGUUCGUUGGUUGUAAAAUCAACUGGAGAUACAUCAAGUGAUGUGAGUAACACUAAAUUAAUGGAUGAAAUAAAAGAUAUAUAUGAAAAUAGCAAAGGUACUAAACCAAGAAGAAAAAAAGUUGAGGAAAUUUUGUUAAAAUCAAAGGGAAGAAAUAGGUUACCUAAGAGAAAACAAAAUAUUCUUAAUAGAAUGGAUACAGUUUUUGAAGAAAAGAUAUUCAAUUAUUUAAGUACCAUACAUAUAAUUAAAGAUAACUUGGAAGUUAUUAAAAAGACUGAAAGAAAAAUGGUAAAUAGAAAGAUGGAUUUAGGAAUUUCGUCACCUUAUUUAAUUUUUUUGACAGGAUUAGCUCUUUUUAUAAUACUUGUUGCAGUAGUUUCCAAUUACGCUACAGGAGAUAUAAGACCAAUUAUAGAAAAUGCAUUAAAUGUAGUACAACAAGUAUUGUUAGUAGUUUUAACAUUAAUGAUGGCUUUAAUUAUCCUAUGUAUUAUUUAUGUCUCUAUAAAAACUGCAAAAUACGAAAAAAUAAAUGCAAAAAAUUGCAAAAUUUGUUAUAAUAUUGUUAAAUCCUUUGGUAAGAAAUGCAUUUAA